AUGCUGCAAAUUUACUAUAAAGAAUAUUUUAUAAGGGAAGAGGCAGGAGAUUUUCCAGGGGCUUUCCUGAUUAUCUCCCUCCCUUCUCCUCUCCUUCAGUUAUGGUUUGUCCACUUCAAUGUUGAACUUUGCCUCCAGACUUUGACCGACUCUCUGGCAACACUGAAGAGAAGUCAGGAGUCCGCUCUGAAGCACAAUCUGGAUCACAUCUGCAUUGUAGUCGAGACCGCUGUCCUGCCAGGUUGUGAAAGCCAACCGAGAGACCCUUUGGAAGAAUCCUCACUGUUGCCUGAGAGAAGGAAGGGCAGCAAGAAUUUCUUGACGCGCCGAGAACUCGUCCAUCUUGUCCCAGACAGAGCACCCGAGAUAAUUGCCCAGCAGCUCUUGACGAUCUUCAGCAGCUAUUAUGUCAGGCUCUUAGUUAGUGGCCAACUUCCAAAGGUCCCUGCAGGGCAGCACAAAACCCUUGGCGAUGAACCUUGCCUCUGCCAGUUUGUUGAGUCUACACUGCUGGGGAAGGAACUCUCUGGAUUCCAACAGAGGUGAACAUUAUGUAGCAACCAAAGAUCUCAAAAAUCACAGAUUGAAGAACCAGAAUCUGAACUCUGAGGGAACCAAGAAUGAUUUGUAUUGUUCUCCAUACCACAGAAGCGGCCCUAGAAAUAUUCUGGGAAAUGUCUGUGCCUUGUUCUAAGGAGCAACUACAUUGGACCAAUGGUAUAUUUGGGUCAGGAUCUGCCUAUGACUUCUAAGAAGAGUUCUGUCACAUUAUAUAUUGUUUUGCUGGUCUCUUGAUUGAAUUUCAAUGCAUUGUUGGCUGCCCAGAAUUGUGAGAAUGAGAUGCAGCCAUAUUGUGAUGGAAUGGAAUUAUGAAGGCCAGGCUCAGGGAGAUAAGCAUUUUCUUAGCUCGCCAGAA